AACUUGACAAAAGUAUAAUAUCUUUCUUUUAUUUACAUAUUUUUAAUUUUGAGAUCUGGUCAACAAUGACUCUCAAAUUGGAAAGUGGGGAGUGUAAAGAAAACGCCAAUUAUAUAAAGAAACAUAAGCAUGAAGAAUGCACAAAGAUUAAUAUUAUUAUAUCUGAAAAGAAGAGAUAAACAUUGUUCUUAGCUUAGGCAAGAUAGGAGUAAUAAACAACAAAACUCGUCACUAUCUCUCUUGAAAAUCUCGAUGGAAGGAGAAAGUGAUAAGUGGCAGAAAUGUGAUGAAGAUGCAACUCUGAAUAUUCCUUUGGUAGUAGAACAUGAAGAAAGACAAAUUUCUGGUUGCGGUCCCAACAACAAUAUUGUCACCACAUCUUUCCUUAAAACUUGUUUCAAUGGCCUCAAUGCUUUAUCAGGUGUUGGAAUACUAUCAGUUCCAUAUGCAUUAGCCUCAGGAGGGUGGUUAAGUUUAGCACUUUUAUUUUCUAUUGCAGCAGUAGCAUUUUACUCCGGCUUAUUAAUGAAACGAUGCAUGGAAAAAAAUCCGAAUAUUAGAACAUAUCCGGAUAUAGGUGAACUCGCAUUUGGAAAAACCGGAAGAUUAAUAGUAUCAAUAUCAAUGUAUGUGGAACUAUACUUGGUUUCUACAGGGUUCUUGAUUCUAGAAGGAGAUAAUUUGAGUAACUUAUUGCCAAUUGAAGAGUUUCAAGUGGUUGGCUUAUCGAUCGGUGCAAAGCAGUUCUUCGUGAUAUUGGUUGCUCUAAUUAUUUUGCCAACGGUUUGGUUGGAUAAUUUGAGUUUGAUUUCUUAUGUAUCUGCAAGUGGUGUCUUCGCUUCUGCUAUUAUUAUAUUGUCAAUAUCAUGGACUGCAACAUUUGAUGGAGUUGGUUUUUAUCAAAAGGGUGAUAUUGUUAAUUGGAAUGGAAUCCCUACUGCUGUUAGCUUGUAUGCAUUUUGCUAUUGUGCACAUCCAGUUUUUCCUACUCUCUACAAUUCCAUGAGGAACAAACAUCAGUUCUCAAAUGUCCUAAUUGUAUGUUUUAUAUUAACUACAGCUGGUUAUGCAUCAAUGGCUAUAAUUGGUUACUUAAUGUUUGGUUCAAAAGUUGAAUCACAAGUAACAUUAAACUUACCACUUAACAAGUUAAGUUCAAAAAUUGCAAUAUACACAAUAUUGGUGAAUCCAAUAGCAAAGUUUGCUUUGAUGGCAACACCAAUUACAAAUGCUUUGAAAGAUUUAUUUCCAAGGUCAUACAAGAACAAUAGAGUGACCAACAUCUUUGUGAGCACUAUCCUUGUAAUUAGUAAUGUCAUUGUUGCAUUGAGUGUUCCAUUCUUUGGGUCUCUUAUGUCAUUGGUUGGAGCAUUUCUAAGUGUCACUGCUUCCAUUUUGCUUCCUUGUUUGUGUUACCUGAAGAUUUCUGACACUUAUAGGAAAUUUGGGUUUGAGGCUAUGAUGAUAGUGAUAAUAGUAUUAGUAGCUAUGGUAAUGGGAAUAUUCGGAACAUAUACUUCAAUUGUUGAAAUAGUACAAAAUUUGUAAUAGGUAAUGUAUUAUGUUGAAGUCUAUUCUCAUUUUCAUGCAUAUCUUUAGAGUGAAAUUUUAGCCGUUGAACUUAUCCAACAAGUAGGAGAAUAAAAUAGUGACGGUUGAAUAAA